GAAUCUACUCCAAACGAAGUACACACGUUACAGUCACAUGGCGACAGUCUUACAAGCUACACUAAACUGCAUUACACUUUACACAGCCACAACUUUUCUGCAUUUACACGUUCGCGAUUUGUCAUAUAUACGUAUAAGUAUAUAAAUAAAAUUAGUGGAUACAAAAUCAGUAAAUAACGCUUGCCAGUUGUUUUGUGUGUUGAAUUUUUUCCAAUGGCUAUGAUAACAUACUUGUCCGACGAUGUGAUUACUAUCAUUCUAGAAGACGAAAACAUCAGCUUGGAGAAUAUCAUGAAUUUUAAGACCACGUGCAAGAGAUUCCAGGAAAUGACACUAUCCAACAAGUUUUGGGAAAGGAAAUAUUAUCAGAGCUGUCCUACUGCGAAAAAGAAGUGUAACAAAAAAAAACAGAAGAAAAUAGUUCACAAUAUUGAUUUCAAAGAAACAAUAAAAGCGGGAUUACAUUAUAUCCAAAUGUUACAACAUUAUACGAUUUUGAUGUCGGAAAAUAAGUUAUGUGAUUCUGAUAAGGAACAAUUGGAGGGCCUCCUACGUUCAAUUGCUGAAAAUACCAUGAUGUAUUAUUUCGUGUGGGAUGAGAUAAGUAGAAUUUCAGCAGAAAAAUCAUGCAAACUGUUUUCCAAUUUGACACUUGAAUAUUACUUUAAGCUAAUUUUUUACUAUCUGAAACAGUAUCGAUACAUAUAUAAGCAAAUGAAAUUUAUGAAUAAACCGGAGACAAAAUUUCUUUUGGAGAAACAAUUUAUGAUCGUGGUGAAACAUUUUCAGCCACAUGUGUCUUAUUCGGCCGUAAAAACAUGGCUAGAUGAAAUAGCGCAGACAGUAUUAUCUCGUCUGAUGGAAAAAUAUCCAGCCCAUUCAAUUUUCUCUGCGACUUCAGAGCAAUUUUCUUUUUGGCGCGAUAACAACAUUCAUGACAAUUUCUGGAAUGAAACAGAAUCGAAGCAAAUAAUGUGUAUUCUGAAAGAAUAUAUAUAUUCGGAAUUAGAAAUCCAUCAAUUAUUACUAACAUUAGAUCUCGAAGCCAAAUACAUAAAAUAUAUUUCAGGAUGUUUUCGAAUAUAUUUAUUAACUGUCACUUAUCAUAUCGUAGCUAGAAGACUCGGCAUACAUUGCAUUUUGAGAAUAUAUGGAAUAGUUAUUAUAGUCAUAUGGAAACCAAAAUAUGAUACAAACAAUUGGGAUAAUGUGGAGUAUUUUUGUAUGCCUCAGAUUUCCAAUCCACUUUAUCCAUUAGAGAUUAUCAGAGGGAGACACACGAAUAAUGAACAUUUUCUGAUGAAGCCAUUAGAAUAUAUUUGGAUAACACGCGAGUUGGUAAUAAUUUACCGUAUAAAACUAGAAUGUUAUCAUAAUAUAUAUUGCAAGUGGAAUUUCAAAAUCUUCAAUUUUCUAGCGCAAUAUCUUAUGACAGACAUAGAAGACAUAAAUAUUGAAAUUGAAUAUAAAAAUAUAACAAGUACAAUAGAGGCUAGAUCUAACGCAGAGGAGAAAUCAUUAAAAAUAAGGACAGAAGAAGUUAAAUUUGCUGUUGGAAUGAUUGUAUCGCAUACAUGGCGAGAUUCCUAUACUCAUAACGGCGUAAUAAUUGGAUGGCAACGUAAAUGUGACAGAAAGUUUCGAGAUAAAUUAGAUGAGUCCAUUAUGUUGCCAUAUCUACGACAAUGCCCUGAUCAUUAUCAUAUCUGUGAAUGUAAUCAAGUUUCAACUAGGGCUCAUCAUCUGCACUACAUUAUUCUCAGUGAGAUUAAUGGAGUGUGUUUUGUGCGACAAGAUCAACUAUCGAUGUGUCCACCAAAAGAAAUCGAUAACAUAGAAAUUGGAAGAUUCUUCUCCAAUUUUGAAGGGACUUAUUACGUGCCGAAUGAAAGCUUAAGAAGACGUUACCCAAAUGAUACCGCAGCAAUAGCUGAAAUACUUACUAAACAGUAAUUUUUAUUAUUUUAAAAUAUACAACAGUUUCCUCAACAAUAUUUUUCAAUUUAGCCCUCAUUAUGAAUCUGAUUAUGCAUAUGCAGGGUGUCUCACAACCUCCGUACAAUACUUUAUUAGCGUGUCCUAGAGGUAAAAUAGAGUCAAAAAUUCUAAUAACAAAAAUUUUAAGACUGCAAUAAUUUCUGAGCGAUCAAAGUUCGCCAAUUAUCUCAUGUG